AUGCGCAGUUGAGAAAGAAGCGACAACCGGCGGAUGUUUUGAACGUUGACGGUUAGGAACAUUCAAUCACAAUGACAAGUAGGAAAAGGAAGUCUUUGUCUUCUAUACUGAAGGCCCAGUCCCCAUCUAGAACUGCAUUAUUGGAUUUGAACCCAAACCUGAAUGGACCACCAAGUGAUGAAACAACACAUUUGGAUGUGACAAAGAAAAAGCAGCGCAGGUCUUCCAGGAGAGUGAGUUUUGCAGAGACCUACCAAGUCAAAGAAUUUAUGAAAGAUUCUGACAGAAAAGAGUUAGGCUUGUGGGACGAUUCUCAAGACGGCACAACGCAUCAGGAAUUACCUGACCUUGAAAAAGCAAACAAUCCAUCUGAUCAUGCUGGGCCCAGUGAUAGUCAUCUUGAACCAGCUCAUCAAAUUACAGGUUUGGAGACUCUCUUGUCUGGACCCAUCAAACAGGAAGCACAUUCAAUGACCUCAACCGGGCAAGAUCCUUAUGGAGCAUCUCACACCAAUGUACAAAGUACAAGUUCUGCUGAGAACUUUCGUCAGUAUCCUCAAAGCGCUAACCUAGACCAAAGGAAGAAUGAUGUGAAUGAAACAAGUGUGAAAAGCAGUUUCCUGAAAUCUUUCAUUGCUGCAGAUUCAUGUGGAAGUAAAGGUAGUUUUUCAACGGACCUAGAUGCUUUUGCAGCACCUGCCUUUCAGUCUUACCCACCAAACUCUGGACAACAACAGCAAGGUGGUCAAGAAGACCCACCUCAAGAGUCCAGCUUCAGGAGUAGCUUCUUGCAGGCAUUUGUGUCUGCAGGACCAUCCUCCUCUAGCUCUGAAGGCGUGGGAUCAAUAAAAGCCAACAUUGAGCAGCAGAAUGCAGAUCCUGGUAUGGAGCUCACAAAUUGUGUCUACUCCAGCGAAGUUACAAAUGAAUAUGAAGGACAGGAAGAAAAAGUUGGAGAUAUCACAAGAAUAUUUGGAGGACAAGGAGAUGGAUUUGAAAAUGGAAUGGAUAUGACCACGUGCAUGGGAGGCUUUGAUACCCUGCAAAAGAAGCUUGAUAGACCGGCAGCAGAAUCAACCAGGAUAUUCAAUUCUGAGAACACAGACAACAUGGAAUUGACAGCGUGCCUGAAGGAUUUCGGCGGAACGAACACUAGCAGAUCCCUUGGGAGGACUUUGAAUCAAACAGGAACUAAUUUAAACUUCACUCAGGUUUUUGGUAAAAUGUCAGAAAGCGAUUAUGUUGACUUGCCUCAUGAAUCCACAGCAAGACUCCUCAAGAGAAUAGACGAUGCUAUUGCUGGGAGUGAUUGUAGUGGGGCCGAAACAACAGGCUCCUACGUGGACAGUAGCAAAACUGGUAACAUGAAAGUUUUGCAGUGCACAAGAGAUAAUACUCGAAAGUCGAUAGUCCUGGACCCUAUUCAAGAGGUUUCUUCAUCCACAGCAUCGAUGUUAAAUGUAACCUCUUUGGAAAAAUCAGCAGUUUCUGCAGCUACUCCACUUGAUGCCUGUACAGAGGAAGAUGAAAUGGAUAUCACCACAUGUAGUAAUUACACUAAGGAUAUGAGGGUCAGACCAGUUCAGCAAGAGCAGACCAGGGCACCUGAUAAUGAGGAUACCACUGCUAUGGAAAUGACAAGUGCCAUUGGUAAUUCAUUACCUGCUGUAAGGCCUAGCAAGGUGGUUUCAUCCUCUGUUGCAGCAAAAGGAAGUCAUGGAGACCACACCAGAGUAUUUGACCCAACUGCUGAUGAUUCAGCUGAAAUGGAAAUGACCUGUGCCAUUACUCAACCCCUUGUCACAGGUUUUCAGGCCAAAGAUGGACUUUUAAGGGUGCCAGAGUCAUUUCAUGAAGACAAAACAAGAGUGUUCAGUACAGAAGAUACUGCCAUGAUGGAAAUGACCUGUGUGGUGAGUGGAGCAAGUAACUCAGCGUUUUCCGUUCAGAAUGUUCACCGAGGCAAGAUGAUGUCUUCAUUGUCUACCAGACUUCCUUCUGCAGAAAAGGAGAAUGCUCUAUCAGGCCCAAGCAAAGAGGUGUCGCUCUCAAUUCAUACAAAAGAUGAUCAUACAGAUCACACCAGAGUAUUUGACCCGGCCGCUGAUGAUUCAGCUGAAAUGGAAAUGACCUGUGCCAUGGAUCAACCCUUGGUCACAGGCAGUCAUGCCAGAGGGGGACUUUCAAGAUCGCCAGCGGCAUUGGAUGAAGACAAAACCAGAGUAUUUGAACCAGCUGAUGACACUGCUGCAAUGGAAAUGACCUGUGCCAUCAACCAACCAUUCGUCCCAGACAGUCAUGCCAGAGGGGGACUUUCAAGAUCACCAGCGGCAUUGGAUGAAGACAAAACCAGAGUAUUUGAACCGGCUGAUGACACUGCUGCAAUGGAAAUGACCUGUGCCAUCAACCAACCCUUCGUCCCAGACAGCCGGGUCAAAGGGGCUUCAACUGCUGUACCACCAUCAGCAUUUAAUGAAUCCAAAACCAGAAUAUCUAAUUCUGAAGACACUGCAGCAAUGGAAAUGACUUGUGUCCUUGAUAGAACAAAUAGCUCUGCAUUUUCAUUUCAGAAUGAGCACCAAAUCAAAAUGCUGUCCUCUGUAGGGCUUCCUUCUUCAGAAAAGGAACAUGCUCUUUCUGUUCUUUCAGGUUUUAGUCAGCUUGUGCACAAUGAAAGCACAAAACACACUGAAGACACCACACGUUUCGAGACCACUACAUACUUAGGAAAACUACCAGAAGGACUGGCAUACCAGAUGAGGAGAAAGAGGGAGAAGCAAGGCAUGGACAACCUACAGACUGAUGGCACUGCUCACAUUACCAUGACUGAAUGUGUAAAUGCACCUCCAAGCACCUUGUAUUCCGAGAAUGCAGAUCUUCCUCAAAUCAGCCAGGGCAACAAAAACAUCAAUGGUGAGAAAACAUGCUACUUCACUGCAGACAAUGGUGAUGACAUGCACAUGACUGAAUGUCUGGACAAGCAACCAGGAGGAUCUCAACUGGUGAUGGUGAGACAGCAUGAUCAUGAGCUUCUCCAGAAUGAGGACACAUGUAACAUGGAAAUGACAACCUGUGUGGGUGCAUUACAGUCAGGUCCAUCUCUGGAGAACAAUGCAAGAGUGUCUACAGAUGAUCAAACACAUGUAUUCAGUGAGGAUACUGCAAACAUGGAAAUGACAUGUGCUGGGGAUGUUCUCCCAUUGCUGUCAAAAGUUAAGGACACUAUCAACAAGAGUUCAAAAAAUAUUCCUCAGUCUGAUGAUACUACAAACAUGGAAAUGACAGCAUGUGUAGGUGCAUUCCCUUCAAUGACUUCAAACUUGGACACAAGCGCACAUGCAGGAGAACCUUUAACCUCUGACUCUUUAGGUAAAACCAUCCCUUACAACAAGUCAACAUAUGGUGAUACAGCAAAGGAGAAUCAUGCCCAAUCUGACAUUUCAGCUGUAACAUUUCCAAUGAUGAAAGGAGUGCAAACGAAUGUACCCCAAUCUUCCUCUAUUGCUGGUGGAGAAUCCGAGAGUACAAGAACCCACCACUUUAAUCUUGUUACUGAUGGGGCUGCCUUGAGCAAUGUUGAACACCCUUCAAGAGAUGAAGAUGACUCCAUGCCACAGCAAAAGUUUCAGGUUCUUGAAGAGGGGACACAGCAACAAAAUGGUGAAAUCAACAUCAGUGGUGACAUCCCACAUGACAAAACCACAGAUACUUACACUCUGAGUCACCCUGCUCUCCAACAGGAUGAGGAACAUCAGCUGGGAGAGGAACUAGCUAUGCAAGAGAAGCUCCUAGAGGGCCGCAACUCGGACACCUUCACCGUCAAUGCCUCCUCUCUGGCAGGAUCAGGGAAGAGGAAAUUGAGUUCACUUACAAAAGCAAACACGACAAGAACUACAUCUAAUUCAAGCGAGGAAGGUCAGGCCAAGACUGACGGAGAGGGAUCUUCCAGCUCACCCGACCUGGAAUCUCAUGCAUCCUUUGUCUUUAAGGACAGUAUCAUUUUACCAGAUUGGAUCGAUGCAGAGGAUGAGAAGGGAAUCUUGGAUGAACUCCCCAUUGACAAUGAUAACACUGAAGAUUUGUGCUUGACUUCGACAAAAAGACCUAGAAUUGAUGAAGCUGCUUUCACCUCGUCUCAUAUGGAUGCCUCCUAUCUGACCUCUAACCUUUCCCAUCUGCCCCUGUCAUCUGAGAGUGGUGCCAGUUCAGUGGAGGACUUCUUGCAGAUGUUCUUCAAGUUCAAUGACCUUCCUAUAGGAAAACGCAGUAUCAUGUGCCCCUCCAUGAUCAAUGAGCCUACAACACUAAGCAGCCAGUUGGAGAAUGCAUGCCUUGUGAAGCCUAAAGCAGACAUGUAUGAAUGGGCCAUCAAAUUCCUCACACCAGCUGUAGAGGAGCUUAGGAAGUCAGUGAGAUCCCAAGAGACAAAACACUUGAAGGAGGGUGCUCCCAUCAUCAAGGAAAUGCAGUCUGCUGGUCCUGAAAGGUGUGCUGAGAUCCUGAAGAAGGGCAAGAGUCUACAGAAGUAUUGCACAGCGUCAUCUAAAGCCAAGAUGAAAGAAUGGAGACUGCAGAUGAUCAACAAUACCAAGGCGGCCAUGGAGGAUUCAAGCCGCCAUCUUGAAAACAAGCUUGCCAAGUUGACAAGCUCAAUAUGUACAAUUGAUGAGCAGUUGCAGCAAUUAGCCUCCGUGGAUAGUGCCUUAGAUGAUGCUAUCAACAGCUUAGAACAGAUAAAACUACCUACUGAGGAAGAGAAAUCUGAAUGGGUUGCAAACUCACAGCGACUGGAAUCCAUGGAAACAAAACUAAGAGAAGAGGAACGCACAGUACAAGAGACCGAAAGUGAAAGAAAAAGGUUAGAAGCAGAGAUAAAUAGCAUAGAGGCAAGCACAACCAAGCUGGAGGCAGAGCAAGAAGAACUGAGUAAACUUGGAACUGGAAUCAGCCAAACAGACCUGGAGCUAAAGGACAUGAAGUCAGACAUCGUCCUUCUCCACAGCUUUCAAGAAUGGAGACUACAAGCUUUCCUUGAGAACAACUACAAGUUUUCAUUCUUAAACAAAUCAAUCCUACUCAACAUACAAUUUGGUGACACAGAAAGUGGUGCCAAGUUGAAUGAUCUCACAUUACGUAGUGUGCUUGCAGAUGAUGCCUGUAGCUCAGCCAAACUAGCCCAUUCACUCUUCUUCAGCAGUGUAAGUGCAGACAAGUUGAAGACACUCUAUCCUACAUUAGCUGCCCUUCCACAGAUGAUGCAGCAUCUUUCAGAGUUGGCUGGUCAGGCCAGGUUGCUAGAGGCCGAGGUCAGUAGAAUAGAUUUCUGGCAUCCAGUUACUACAGCACAUAACAGACUAUCCAUUGAGUUUUCCAGCAUUGAAGCCCAUUCUAUGUUCUGCAUCCACCUGGACGUUGUACCAGGCCAGUAUCCAUUGACAGCCAUUCCACACAGCUGUGUUAUCAAGAUUGGCAAAAUCAGUGAGGAGUCCAUCAAUGCUACCAUUGACACAGUGCAACCCGGAUGGAGUUACGUCACAAGAAUCACCAAAGCUAUUGAACAGCUCCUUCAUAUGCACUCAUUGUGAAAGUCCAUAUCGGGGUCUGUAUUUAGGUACUUUAGCUAAGAACCAGCAUUGCUAGAGUAGUGGUUCUAUAUAAAUGUUGUUUGAAUAAAAAGAAAAAUCAAACAAUAAGUACCCUGCUAUUAAUGAUUUUAUCCGGGGAUUGUAUGUCGUCAAUUAGAACCGACAUUGCACUGUAUUUAACUUUUUGUAUUUUGUGGCGUGAAUGUAAAAAAAAAACAUUACCUAUGUACUAGAUGAAUGAAUAGAGUACUCUAUCGAUAACCAAUGUAGAUAAUGAAACAUAUGAAAAUCAUAUCUAUCUCUGUGUAAAUAAAUGUAUAGGUUUGGCAUUAUGUAAAUAAAUGGCAUUCAUGAUUACUAUUAUUAGGUGUACACAUUUGAUUAGCUUUUGAUAAGAAAUUAAUUUGAUAUUAAAUGUAGAGAUACAUAUGAUAAAUCGUAGAUUGGUAAAAACCUAGUUUGCCAUUUGCAAAUUAAGAAUCAGAAUUCUGAUAUUUUGGUAUCCACUGUGCACUCUAUUACUCCAAACUGUAAAAUGUUGAUAUUUUAGACUUUUUUGUUGAUCAUGGGAGAGAGAUGACUUAAAUUAUUGUUGUGUUGUGCUCAUGACUUACUAACUUUAAUUCUUUAAUAUUAUAUUCUCUUUGGGGGAAAAAGGAAAGAAACUUAACCUGGAACUGGAGAAUUUCGGAUUUAAAAAAAAUGCCAUGGUGAAGCAUGAAUACAUUUGUGUACAUUACACAAAUACCACGUUGAAUGUUUGUAGGAACAUACUAUGUUUCUGUGUGAUAUAAAGUUGUAUUAUGUAGUAAUGCCAUUGUAGAUUUGAUCAGAGAUGUUUCCAUAGUUUUCCUCCUAAUAUACAUAUAUUUAAAUUUGGGAUAUAACAGUGACAUUCAUUGGGUAAACAUGUAACAGUGAUUGUCAUCUGGUGAAUGAAGGAAUUGUAUUUGCUUCAGCCGUCACCCAUUAAGUCACCCAUAAAGCCAAGCAGUUUAAGAUUUGUCCUCAUUUGUCGGCCUUUUUGUGUAUAUAUUUUGUUUUGCCCUUACGUCCUAGCAUUUUGUUUUUGACAUUUAUAGCUCAGCUAUGUUUUGUCAAUACUAUGCAUCCUAAUUAGUCAUUGAGCUAAUAUACAAAACAUUUUUGUUAAUUGUUUACUUUUAUGAUUUUAAUUAAUUGCUUGUAUAUUAUUUUGUACAUGUAAAGUUGCUUAUUUGUAAAUACAAUUAUGGCUUUGACUGCUUACAAAAUACAUUUUAAUUUGUACCUGCUGUAUUUCAAAGUUUCACUGAUGAAUAGAUAUUAAUCUGUUAAUGAUAACAAAGAGAAUGCAUAUGCAUUAUAUAGUCUGGCAGAAUAACUAUAAAAAUUUAAAAAAAGAAAGAAGAAUAUGCAAAUCAUGGGACUUGACAGUCUUUGUUAUUCACAUUUUUUUUUUUAAAGGACUUCCAUUUAUCACAUGUGAUUAUUUUGAUAGUGUAAACAGAGCUUAUCAUAGUUCUGUAAGAAAGAGGAAUAGUUUUAUCAACAGUAAAUGGUUGAAUUGCCCCUGCUAUCUAUUUGAAAAUGAUUGUUCUGGUAAUAAAGACAGGGGGAAAAAAAGUUUUCAAAAUACUAAACAGCUUUCUGAAACCAUGUCCUGAUAUUGUUUUGGAAGUAUAAACCUUCUGUAUGUUUGUUGGGUAGAAGGCUAAAUCCCCUGCCACACAAACACCACCUUAAACAGAAGCACAUAAGAUAAGUUUUUAUUUUAAAUUCCAUCCAUGUUCAUUCUGUUGAUCCACAUUUCACAACUUUUCAGAUUGUUUUUCAUUUAUUUGUUUACACUUUCUUUGAAAAGAUAUGUUAUCUAAUCUCAGAAUUGAAGAUUUGUGUAGAUUUGUUGAUACUUCCUGUAAAUAGAAUAAAUAUAAAAUAAGGUAUGAAUGACUUCAA